UUCGCCACUCAGUAGCAAAAAGGUCAUUCAGUAGUGAAUUGGCAGUCCGAGUCCGCGCACGCGCCAAAAUGUCACAAGAUAACCUCACCGCCGUCUUAUACAAGACUAAAGAUUUAAGAUUGGAACAAACUCCGAUACCAGAAAUCGACGACGAUGAGGUACUACUUCGCAUGGACUGCGUGGGAAUCUGCGGCUCGGACGUGCACUACUGGCAGACUGGAGCAUGCGGGGCGUUCGUCAUGCACGAACCCAUGAUCAUGGGACAUGAAGCUUCCGGAGUUGUCGCAAAGAUUGGUUCUAAAGUGAAGAACCUAGCGGUAGGUGACCGUGUGGCGAUCGAGCCGGGUGUGCCGUGCCGCUACUGCGAGUUCUGUAAGACGGGCCGCUACCAUCUCUGCCCCGACAUGCGCUUCUGCGCCACUCCGCCCAUACAUGGCAACCUCGCCAGAUACUACAAGCACGCCGCUGACUUCUGUUACAAAUUGCCACCGCACGUAACAAUGGAAGAGGGUGCGCUACUGGAACCACUGUCAGUGGGUAUUCACGCGUGUCGGCGCGGCGGCGUGCAGGCGGGGCAGAGCGUGCUGGUGCUGGGCGCCGGACCCAUCGGACUGGUCACCAUGUUGGCCGCGCGCGCUAUGGGCGCCAGCAAGAUUCUUAUCACUGACAUCCUGCAGUCGCGUCUGGACUUCGCGAAGCAGCUGGGUGCUGACCACACGAUCCUGGUGACGAAGGAGGCGAGCGAGGAUCAGCUGGUGCAGGAGGUGCGGCGUCUGCUGGGAGACAGCCCCGAGGUGUCCAUAGACGCGAGCGGCGCGCAGGCCACCGUGCGCCUCGCACUGCUGGCGACGAAGUCAGGCGGCGUGGCGGUGCUGGUGGGCAUGGGCAGCCCCGAGCUGACAGUGCCGCUCGCCGGCUCCGUGGCCAGAGAGGUCGACAUCCGCGGCAUCUUCCGAUACGUCAACGAAUACCCCAUAGCACUUUCCAUGGUGGCUAGCGGACAAAUCAACGUGAAACCACUAGUCUCACAUCACUACAGCUUGGAAGAGACCCUGGAGGCGUACGAGGUGGCCCGCAAGGGUCUGGGCAUCAAGGUCAUGAUCCACGUUCAGCCCCGCGACGCCAACAACCCGCAGUCAUAACAAAUAACUAUCGUUAAAUAGCGCUUUAUAAUAACGCUAUUACUUUUAGCUGCAUGACACGUGACAUGGCGGCCAUUUUGAAAUCUUGCAGACAUUCUGACAUAUAAAACAAUUGACAUUUCCAAAUUGUAAAAUCAUUUUUUUUAAUGAUAAUAAGAUAAAUUUCUAUUUAUCUUUAGCGUCUAACACAUUUUAGAGAAAAGUACAAAAUCAUAUUGACUAGAAAAUUACCGAAUUUUCUUUAAUUAAUUGACUAAUUGUUUUAGUAAUAUUAAGCCUUUGCCGUUUAAAAACUAUUGCAAAAAUAAUGGUGAAUGGAAAUAUAAAAUGUACAAUUUAUAUCAAACAGUUUAUUGGUAGGAUAUUUAAAUUAUAUUAUUUAAAUUAAGUUAUUGAAUCAUCGAAUUUAUCUUCUUUUUUUAAUGUCUGUGAAAGUGUUGCCAUAUUCCUAAGACAAAAAAAGAACAAAGAGCAACGAUUUUUCAUUGUUUUUA